GUAGAGCGCUUUUUCGUUUUCGCAGAUAUUGCCACUGUUGGCAUUGGCUGAUAGGAAAGUUGACGGACGGUGAUCAUAAAGCAGCAAAAUUGUACACAGAGUUCAUAAUUUUUUUAUUUUUCCUUUCCAAGAAAUUAUUUCUGUUUUAACAUGCUUGAAGUUUGCAUAGACAGUUUGGAAUCUGCGAUUAAUGCUAUUUACGGUGGUGCGGACGAGUUGGAAGUUUGUAGUUCACUUACUGAAGGCGGACUUACACCGAGCCCAGGGCUCGUAUCUCAGAUUGCGUCCGUUGUAAACAAUAUUAAAAAUGGACGACUGAUUCAUAAAUCGUGUUCUCAGUACAGCUAUGGAAAGAAAACUCUUAAGGUUCCCAAAGUGAACGUCAUGAUAAGAUGUCGAACUGGUUCGGAUUUCUGUUACAACGAUUUCGAAAUGGACACAAUGCUAUCAGACAUUGAUCAUUUCAAGCAGUUUGAAAUAGACAGAUUCGUUUUUGGCGCUUUAACAGAUAGUCAGGAAAUAGACGAAAAAAACUGCAAAAAGAUUAUUGAGAGAGCAUCUCCUACGCCUGUGACAUUCCAUAGGGCGUUUGACGUUUGCAAAGAACCCAGUGCUACCGUUACAAAAAUUAUAAAUCUGGGAUUUAGUAGAUUAUUGACCAGUGGGCAGAGAUGCACGGCAGCGGAUUCUGAAGCAUUAGUAUUAAUCAGAACACUUAUAGAGACUUUUUCUGAUAAAAUUGAAAUUAUGCCCGGAGCUGGUGUCAAUGUCGAUAAUGCCAAACUAUUCAUAGAUAUGGGUUGUAAGAUUUUGCAUAGCUCGUGUAAAAUAACAAAAUAUUUGAAUAAAGCUGGCUGGCAGAAUAAUUUGAGGAUGGGUGAAGGUGACAGUGAAUUUAUUUAUGUUACUGAUGAAAAUAUCGUGAAAGAAAUGAAGCUCAAAAUGGAAAAUUAAAUUUAGAUAUUGCAUAAGUAAAACUUUCAAAUG